AUGUCCAGCGCCCGGACCCCCCUACCCACGCUGAACGAGAGGGACACCGAGCAGGCAAGUGGCCUUUGGGCUUGGGUCCCGCCCACCCACCGGCGGCACCUCCCCGGACCCGCCCUCACAGAGGUCCCAGCACUAAACUCUGCCUCGCUCUGUUUUUCGAGGAACCUGAAUGAACCUGAAAGCAAAGACCGAGUGGAGACGCUCAGACCUCACGUGGUGGGCAGCGGCGGCAGUGACAAGGAAAAGGAGGAGUUUCGGGAGGCCAAGCCCCGCUCACUACGCUUCACGUGGAGCAUGAAGACCACGAGCUCCAUGGAGCCCAACGAGAUGAUGCGGGAGAUCCGCAAGGUGCUGGACGCAAACAGCUGCCAGAGCGAGCUGCACGAGAAGUACAUGCUGUUGUGCAUGCACGGCACGCCAGGCCACGAGAACUUCGUGCAGUGGGAGAUGGAGGUGUGCAAACUGCCGCGGCUGUCUCUCAACGGUGUUCGAUUUAAGCGGAUAUCGGGCACCUCCAUGGCCUUCAAAAACAUUGCCUCCAAAAUAGCCAACGAGCUUAAGCUUUAACAGGCUGCCAGGAGUGGGGGGCGACGGAGGCGGCCAGCUGGACUUAGCUGCUGGGGCCGGCGCUCCGCCUGCCCGGGCGAGACUGCAGAGAUGGAUUGGUGUGUCUCCCCUGCUGGCACUUCUCCCCUCCCCGCCCUUCUCAGUUUUUUCUUCCAUGUUUGUGGGGGUUGGGAGAUGGUUCUCUCCCCCCCACAUUUGCCCCUGCCCAGAUAUUCCCCCUUCCCCCCUCUCUCCCACAGGAGGCAAAGGAAGGGGAGGGAGGGGUGGGGGCCAGGGCUCCCCCUCGGUACUGCGGUUGCACAGAGUAUUUCGCCUAAACCAAGAAAUUUUUUAUUACCAAAAAGAAAAAAGAAAAAAAAAAAAUCCCAGCGGCCACCUUUCCUCCCUGCCCCAUUGGGACAGUCGAGACUGGAUCUGUGGGGUUUCCCGGGAGGGUGGCUCAGGGCUGGAACACUCUCAGGCAAGAGUGGUGGAGUUCCCUGUCAGGCCCUCCGCCAGGCCCACUUUGGGCUUCUCCCCUCUCCUCUCCUCCUUCCCCUCCAAGCAAACCACCAGAGGUGGCCUUCCCCUGACCUCAGGCCCCUGGGCUGGAGGCCUGGGCGGCUGGGGGCUGGGGGCAGGGGUGCCGCACAGCCCUGAAGCGGUGGGACUGGCGGCUGCUCUGGGGCUGGCAGGCUAGGCGCGGGGCUCGGCCUCCCUCCACACUGUAUCCUCUGCUCCUCCUUCCCCAGAGGCUGGGCAUUUCCUUCCACAAGCUGCUGUGGGGACUUUUGUUCCCCCUCCUCAAAAAGUCUGUGCCAUCUUCUCCCACCCCCUCCUGGGUAGAAGGCGGGGCUGACCCCAGGGCUGGGAGAGGGGAGGGGACCGCAGGGCAGAUGGGCUCCUCGGCCCCCAGGGGGCCGCCUGGGCUGCUAGUCUCCGGAACAGGGACGCUGGGCAUUCUCCGUUCUGGGAGAGCCUUUGUCUGAAAGCACAGCCCCCCUCGCCGUCCCUCUCCCCACUGCUCCCCUUCAUUGGCAUUAAUCUGGGCACCAGCUAGUUCCAUAGCAGUGACUUCCUCACCACUCAUCUCGGCCUUGCCUUUUCUUCCUCACAGUCGCCCCUCCUCUCAGGAGACACUGCCUGGGGCCCCCGGGGCCGGCCGCCUGGCGGGAGGCUGGACAGGGCAGCAGGGCCGGGAGCCUCUGCCCUCCACAGGGUGGGGGGACAGAUAGGCCAAGUGACUCCCAGCUUGCUAACCUCUGCAGCCAGCGUGGGAGUGGCUGGUUAUGGGCGCUUGGCUGGUGGCAGCCGCUGCAUCCCUUAAUUUAUUUCUCUGCUGUUUCUGUUCUUGAGAAAUUGGGGGAGGGGGUCCUGAACAGAGGCUGCCUCUACCCUCACCUGAGUUGUACAUUUUUUGUGAUGGGUUUUAUUUUUUAUUUUAUUAUUUUAUUUUAUUUUUUUUUUUUUUUGAUUUAUGAUGACUCCACCCCUACUCAUCACCCUACUCCCAGUUAAGUCGAGCCCUUGGUUCCCAGGAAGGGGCCUCGCCAACCUCAGCCCUCCUGCCCCAAGCCCUGAAUGCGGGCUCCGGCUCCCACCAAGGGCUCCCCCUCCCUUCUUCCCUCCCGCCUCCUGCCCUAUGGAACAGCCCGGGUGCUCCGAGGGGCCGGGAGGGCAAGGCUUGGCUCCCAAAGGGGGUGCUGGCGGGGGGCUCCCAGGCAAGGUGGCCCCUCCCCACCCAGCCCCCCUUCCUGCACUUAGUUUCUCCUCUGGAUCAAACACGUAAUAAAGAGAAUGUUUGGAAUCUGAGCUGCCUCCUCCUGUUUCUUCCUACCGGGCAGGGACCCAGUCCCCAUGGGCAAGAUGUGGCCCAGCCUGCCUGACUCGCAGGGGAGAACUGAUUCCUGCCUGGGGCCUGGGGAAAGGCCGGUGCUGGGCGGGAUCCCUCCCUCCCCACCCUCAUGGCACAGAC